AGAAGGGCUUUUGUUGCAUCCAGAGGGAGAGAGCUAGCGAGCAAAGGCUUGAAUUAAAUCUAUGGGAGUCCAAUCUGCUCUGAUCUGCACUAAACCAUCGGGCCUCUCCCGAAUUAAGCCUCGCCUGAGCGGAGCUCCGUGUCUCUGCAGCUGCUCUGCUCACAGCCUUUGUGUAGAUCGCUUUAGAUUUCUGAUCUCUGCUCCCGGAAUCAGAUUAUUUGCUGUAUUUGUUUAGAAUGGGAAACGCUGAAGACCCUGUACGAAAAAGGGAAACCUAAGGAUGCUGGAGCAGAACAAUGGAUUUCUCCUUCUCUUUCAUGCAAGGGAUCAUGGGAAACACAAUCCAGCAACCGCCUCAGCUCAUUGACUCAGCUAACAUCAGACAGGAGGACGUAUACGAUGCCAUCAGCGACCCCGGGGACGAGGGAGGCCCCUCCGCCUACGAUUCGCCCCUCGAUCCGGGGUUCUCCUACCCUCCGGACGACCUAGGGGUCGUCGCCAACGGUUACCAGGCGGGAAUCGGCGCCUAUGAGCAGCAGGCCAAGUUUGCGCUGUACUCGCAGUUCCCUAAUGGCUCGGCCAAUGGCUACGGCGCCAUCCGCAACUAUCACGCCGAUCACGGGCUGAUCUUAGGGGAGGGAACGGUGCUAAGGUCUCCCGUCGUUCAGGAAAAACCAUCAUCUCAUAUAUCUUCCCCUCCUCUUCCUCCAUCUCAUUCUCAUCUUCAUCAUCAUCAUCAUCAUCCUCAUCCUCAUCAUCCUCAUUCUCACCCUCAACAUCAAUCGCAGCAUCAUCAACCUAAUCCUCAACUUUUACCUCAUCACCCUCCUCCACCUCCUCCACCACCACCUCCACUUCCUCCUCCAUCUUCGUCCUCUUCACAUCAUCUGCAGUCGGUUUACCCCCCUCCUCCCCUCAUCCUACCUUCCUCUCCACCUCCCCUUCCUGCCUCCAUUCAGGACGCAGCUUCUGAGCCCGUCGGCCAGAAGAAGACAAACUCCCCGGAAAUCAAGAUCAAGAUCAUAAAGACGUAUCAGAACGGACGCGAGCUGUUCGAGUCGUCGCUGUGCGGAGACCUGCUGCACGAGUUCCAGGAGUCAACCAGGAGAAACGAGCACAAGAAGGAGAAGAGAAAAAAGAAAAAUAGCCGGCACGGGGCCUUCCCGGAACAGGAAGUGAAGCUCGGUGAUGGCCAGGCUGUGAUACAAGACCAGCAACCUACCCUGAGUCUCAAAAGCCCCAAAACUGAACCCAAGGAGGUCCAGGUGGACAAGGCCAUGCCCUCGGUGUGCGUGGAAUAUGACAUCGGGGAUCUGGUGUGGGCUAAAGUCGGGACGUACCCAUGGUGGCCCUGCAUGGUCUCCUCCGACCCCCAGCUACAGGUUCACACGCGCAUUAACACCAGAGGUCACAGGGAGUACCAUGUGCAGUUUUUCGGCAGUGUGGCCGAGCGGGCGUGGAUUCACGAGAAGAGGAUCGUGGUGUAUAAAGGAGAGAGUCAGUUUGAGGAACUGCAGGCGGAAACCUUACGCAAAACCACCAAUCCAACUGAGAGACAGAAGCUGCUGAAGCCUCAGUCUCAGAGGGAGCGUGCUCAGUGGGAGGUGGGCGUCGGCCAUGCCGAGGCAGCCCUGCUCAUGACCCGUGAGGAACGUAACGAGAACUACACCUUCAUUUACAUUGACAAACUGCCUGCCGACGAAACCAGCGACGAGCCUGCGACCCCAACGAGGAUUAAAAAACGCAGGACAAGACGCUCCAAGAGCAUAAAGAAAGACGAUCCGGCGACACUCCCACGCCGUCAGCAGCCUCGUCGUCAGUGCAGCGUUUCAGACGCUCAGGAGGAAGAGGCGGAGCCCGAUGACACGACGGAAACGCAACCCUCGCCACCUCCGGUUCGGACUCCGUGGAGAACGGCGGCUGCCCGGAAGCUGCUGCCGCUCUCGGUCACAAUGAAGAAGCUCAAUGUGGAGAUCGUGAAAUGCGAUUGGCAGCUGCCCAAAGAGAAAGUGGAGAUAAAAAAGGAGUCGGAGAGAGACGAUGAGCGAGUUCAGUCUCCAGAGGGUUCGAGUGAUAAAGCGGAGGGUGAGACGUUCUCCAGUGAGGAGGAGAGAACAGCAUGGAGUGAACCAGAGAGUGCAGAACACGCACACACUCCUGUUACUGAACCCAGCUCAGAGUCGAUGGAAAGAAAGCAGCAGCGGCGGUGUGUAAGGAGUCGCUCCGAGUCGGAAAAGAGCGUCGAUCCAGUUCCAAAGAAAAAGGUCAAGAAAGAGCAGGUGGAGGCGAUGCCUCAGAUGGACUUUAAAACAGGAUCACAAAAAGGAGCCAGUGAGAUCUCUGAUUCUUGUAAGCCACUGAAGAAACGCAGUCGAGCCUCGACGGACGUCGAAGUGACGAGCUCUAUUUACAGAGACACGUCCGACUCUGAUUCCAGAGGCCUCAACGACAUGCAGUGUGUAUUUGAGAAACGCUCUGACAGUCCUGGUACGGUGGACGCUGACUGCUCAGAUGCCCAGUCAGACGAUUCAAACAUCUCUCGGCAGGGCAGCAACAACUCCAAAAAGGACAUGGUGUGUCAGGUUUGCGAGACAUUUGGAGAUUCUCUGCUGUGCUGUGAGGGCGAAUGUAACAGGUUUUUUCACCUGGAGUGUUUGGCCUCUGCUGGGGGAACAGAGGGAGAAACCAUUUGCACUGAGUGCAGAACAGGUUCACACCCAUGUUUCUCCUGCAAACGCACUGAUGAAGAUGUGAAGCCGUGUUCGGUGAGUGGGUGUGGCCGUUUCUAUCACGAGUCCUGUGCUUGGAAAUACGCGGGCACUGCUGCGGAGCCCCAAGGCCUGAGGUGCCCACAGCACUGCUGCGCUACCUGCUGGUUGGAAAAGGACUCGCAAAAGGCCCACAAAGGUGUGAUUAGUGCACACAGACCUUCCCACAAUCACAGAUUGAGACACGCUCAGAGUCUCAGAGGGUUUAAGAGCAGAGGCCGGAUGAUGCGCUGUAUCCGCUGUCCCGUAGCCUAUCAUGUAGGCGAUCUGUGUAUAGCAGCCGGGAGCGUGGCGAUCACGCCUCACGUCAUCGUGUGCAGCAGUCACUCGGGCACACGGAAGAACGGCCAUCUUGGCUCCUCCGUAAACGUAGGCUGGUGUUUCGUUUGCUCGCGAGGACGCUUAGUGCACGACCUCACUGACACCGUAUUAAGUUCUUAUACGUUUAAGUCUCACUACCUUCUGACUGAGUCAAAUCGUGCUGAGUUGAUGAAAUUACCUCUGAUUCCUUCUCCUUCGUCAGCUACCCAAAAGAAUCCGGCCAAAGGAGGAAGACUCCUGUGCUGCGAGGCAUGCCCCGCCUCCUUCCACCCAUCCUGUUUAAAUAUGGAGAUGCCCGAGGGAGCUUGGCUUUGUAGUGAAUGCAGAGCGGGAAAGAAACCCCGCUACAAACAGAUCGUCUGGGUCAAGCUGGGCAACUACAGAUGGUGGCCCGCUGAGAUCUGUAACCCUCGGCUGGUUCCAUCCAACAUCCAGAAUCUGAAACACGACAUCGGGGAUUUUCCAGUCUUUUUCUUCGGGUCGCACGAUUACUACUGGAUCCACCAGGGCCGAGUUUUCCCGUACUUGGAGAACGACAAGAACUUCGCCGAGGGACAAAUCGGGAUAAACAAGACUUUUAAAAAAGCACUGGAGGAGGCAGCGAAGAGGUUUCAGGAGCUGAAAUCUCAGCGAGAGACCAAAGAAGCUCUGGAACAAGAACGCAACUCACGACGGCCUCCGCCAUACAAACUCAUCAAGUGUAACAAGCCCGUAGGGAAGGUGCAGGUGUGCGUGGCCGACCUGUCGGAGAUCCCGCGCUGCAACUGCAAGCCGAACGACGAGCACCCGUGCGCGCCAGAAUCGGAGUGCGUGAACCGGGCGCUGCAGUACGAGUGUCACCCGCAGGUGUGUGCCGCCGCCGAGCGCUGCCUCAACCAGAGCUUCAGCAAACGCCAAUAUCCGAAAAUGGAAGUGAUCAAGACGGAGAUGCGCGGCUGGGGCCUUAAAACCAAACAGGACCUCAAAAAGGGAGAUUUUGUGAUGGAGUACGUAGGAGAAUUGAUCGAUCUGGAGGAAUGUCGACAGCGAAUCAGCCAUGCCAACAAGAACCAUGUGACCAACUUCUACAUGCUCACUCUCACCAAGGAUCGCGUGAUUGAUGCUGGGCCCAAAGGGAACUUGUCUCGCUUCAUGAAUCACAGCUGCAGCCCAAACUGCGAGACACAGAAAUGGACAGUGAACGGAGACGUCCGCAUCGGCCUUUUCACUCUGUGUGACAUCGCCGCAGACACUGAACUAACAUUUAAUUAUAACCUGGACUGUUUGGGGAACGGGAGAACGACGUGUCACUGCGGAGCUGAGAACUGCAGCGGCUAUUUGGGAGUCCGACCAAAGAGUGCGGUGGUGUUGGAAAAGGAGGAGAAAGUGAGGAAUUCGAAGCUAAAGGUGAGGAAGAGGAAGCUAAAGGCAGAAAGCCGCAGUCAUGAUUAUUACUGCUACUGCUGUGGCGAAGGCGGAGAACUGGUCAUGUGUGACAGGAAGGAUUGUCCCAGAGCCUAUCACCUGCUCUGCCUCAACCUGACUACGCCCCCUUAUGGUCGCUGGGAAUGCCCUUGGCACCAAUGCAGUGUGUGUCAGCGCCCAGCCUCUGUGUUCUGCCACUUUUGCCCCGCCUCUUUCUGCCAGGAUCAUGAGGCGGGGCAGCUGGUGCUUUCCGCCCAGGAUAACCGGCCCUGUUGUCCCAAUCACGACCCGGAACGAGCACCCAGCCUCCCUACUGCUCUGAGGGUGAAGGAGGAAGAGGAAGCAGAAAGGGAAGAGGAGGACGAUGGGGAUGCAGAGAGAGAGGCAGAAGAGGAUGAGGAAGGAGAAAUGGCUGAGUGACUGAGCCAAAGCUCUUAAACUGAAACACUUCAACACGGUGACUGGAAUUCUGAGGCCCUCCGUGCAGCUAGGGGGCGGUGUGCAGUUCAAAAUCAUCAUACAUUCAAGUUGGUUGUUGUCCAUUCCAGAUCUACAGCAGAGGGCGAUCAUUUAUUGAGCCGGGGGGAAAAAAAAAGUCACAAUUUACAACUUCACUCUUUCAGAUCCAGAAAUGUGGAAUCACACAGCACCCACUAAUCGUCACUUUACCAAUUUUCUUUUCUUUUUCAAGCCGGGUUCUAAUUCAUCCUCGGAGCGGAGCCGUGAUCUUUUACACACUCUCCGGUACCUACAACACCUUGAGAACUUCAGUCGAUGUACCUCAGUGUAAAUAGAAAGGAUUCAUACGAGACACAUAGAUUCUCUACACUAGAAUUUUCAGUACACGUCUGAAUAUCAGCUAGUUGUGAAAAAAAAGAAAAAAAAGGACCGUGACUCCGGUUUUGGUUACGUGCUGCCUAUUCAUACCCGUGCGUUUGUGAUUUGUAAGAUAUAUAUAUCACGAAUAUAUUUAUGACUACGUUUACAUCCACUCACGGUGUACAGUAUUGUUCAUUGGUAUUAUUAGUGAGUUUGAUAUCACUAUUCUUAAUGUCAUUGUAUACGUGCCCACUUUUUCUUUGUCCCCCCCCCCACCCCCCCAUCACUUGCUCAUUUCUUGUCGUGACCGGUUAAUUUCAUAGUCAAGCACUUAAAUUUCGAUUUGAACACUGCCGUUGUUGUGCCGAUAGGAAUGUCAGUCCAUAAGGAAUUUUUAAUUUUUUAUUAUUUUUUAAAAAUAUAAUAAUUUUCAGUGAUGUCGCCAAUGUACAUUCUUUUAUUUUUAUUUUUUUAAAGCCUCAUUUGUACACAAUAGUGACCACUUUUAAGGUAUCGUAAUCGCAGUGUACCUUAAUAACCCAGUCGAAUUAACAACCCAAGAUUCUGAUGCAUGUAACAAUGUCUGGAGUUGUUCAUUUGAACGAAUUGAUAAUGGCACCAAUGGCAACGCAUCAUCAUUACGCUUAUUGAACUGCAAACGUUCUGUUUUUGUGACCAUUGCACAACCAGUUGGAAAUGGUCUGCAGUGGAGCAUCCAUGUUGAAAUGAAUUUCUAGCACGUGAUGAAGGCAAAAACCAGCAACGCCUUUCUGUGGGUUGUAUGAUGGUUACCGAAAUGUAUUUUAACAUUUAAUUACUAUUCAAUACUUUAUUAACUCCGUAGCGUUGAUCGUGGCAGACGUUCAGUGCAUCCUGGCUCAGUGUUCAGCGGGGCUGCACAAUACAAAGAUAUUAGACCUGGUUAAAGAUGGACCAGGACCAAGAAGAUGGAUCUACUGGGUCAUUUGAAUGCUGCUGUGAUCCAUCUAAACACUUAGUCAUCUGGAGUGUCUGAGAUCAGGAUAAUCCCGACACACAGUAAAAUAUUCAGCACCCUUGUAUAAAUCAUUACUGCUAAUAUAUCAAAUAUUAACCCCCGCUGAGCUGCUUACCUAGCCAGACGUGUGGGUUCAUUUUCCCUCCCACUUCGCCACUACUCGUUAUUAAAUCUAAUCCCUUAAUAUUCCAAACGUUCUUCGAGUCUGCAGAACCAUGGAAGUCUGUCACUGCCAAAACAACGCUUUUGAAAACGUGUUGCAUCCAGCAGUGGCCCUGUCCUGUACACUUGAAAUCUGGAGCGCUGUUCACGUCUCAUGCACUUUUUGGUUUUGUUCGUGGUGUUGGAGUUAGAAUGGCGAGUUUGUUUACACUCAGAGGGUUUUAAAAAAAAAUAAAUAAAUCCAGCACGUCGCUGUUCGUGUCAUUUGUCACAGUUUUGAGUUAUGGGAAAAUAUCUCUGAAUUAUUAUUUAAGAGUUUCUGU